AUGCCCGCCAUCUGGGAUAAGAUCAGGCGAGGAUUCGGUCGCGCACCGAGCGUACCGCCGCCACCUCCAGUUGGGUCUCCAGUUGCAGACCUACCCUACGACGAGGCUGUCGCAGCCACUGCGGCAAUGAUUGAGGAGUGGAGGAUGACGCAGCCAGUAUUCCCUGAUCUUGAGCUGGGGCUUCCGCAGCCCAAAAUGAAGCCCUGGUACUACGGCUGCAUCGGCGGCGUCCCGAUCCACACACUGAUCCAUCGCACGUGGACAAGCACACGAGACGGCAUCCGCACGAACCGGUACAUGCUUCCGGCUCGAUUAUACGCAACUCUCUGGCUGUCGCUGCUGGCUGCUUCUCUUGGACUGUUUGCGGUGGGUAUACCCGAGGGCCUGGAGGCGGUUUCAGACCAGCAGAAGGCCAUGGGGCAUCAUGACUAUCGAGGGCCUGUCUGCGGGCCGUUCCCAAGGGGUCGCUUCUACCGCAUCAUGGCGAGGCAGAUGGCCAAUACGCUUCCACUGCUGGUCACCUUGACCAUCUUCUUCUUCCCGGCUAUUGUGAGGCCUUGA